GAAGCGGGCAGGCAGUCUGUCGUAACCGCGACUCGAACCGUCUGCCACACAACGCCUCUCCUCCUACCUUCCUCUCCCCCCAAACCUAAACCCAUUCCCAUCGAUCUCUAUCGCGAUGGCAUCCACGAAAUCCUUUCGCCACCUGCUUCUUCUCCUCGCCGUCGCCCACCUCUCCCUCUUCCGCCGAGUCAUCGCCGCCGCCCGACGCCUGCUCUCCUUCGUCUCCCUGCGCGAGUUGUUGCUCCACCUCUCCUUCCUCCGCUGCGCUCUCCGACCUGUCACGCUCGACCUCGGCCACGCGUCGCUGCACAUCUGGGGCCCCAACCCCCGCCGCGCCAGCCGGAAGCCUGCCCUCCUCCUCAUUCACGGCUUCGGCGGCAACUCAAGUGGCAAUGGGAGCGCCAGAUCGGGGCCCUAUCCCGCUCCUUCGAUCUCUAUAUCCCGGACCUCCUCUUCUUUGGCAGAUCCUGUUCCUUCUGCACCGAUCGUUCCGUGGGCUACCAGGCGUGGUGCAGACUUCGAGGAGUUCGAUGUUGAAUCGGAAGAGGAGUACAAAGACGAAGAGGUUGAUGUCAAGCCAUUUGAUUUUGGGUCCAGAGCGUCCUUUGCUCAAGAAAAAGGAAAGGAAUGGCUAGAUUACGAGGAGCAGUAGGAACGGCAAGUGUGUGUGUGGUAGUGGCAUGGUGGAAGAAAAAAAAACUGCUUUAUGUUUAUAUGUUUUAAGUUUGCAUAUGAACCAUGUGUUGUCAUUAUGCUUUGAUGGUACUUGCACUGGUAUGGAUAGUAUGCACUUAUGUUCUCCUUAUUUCAUGUUAGUAUGAUGAUGAUAUCAUGAAUCA